GUUGUCUGCGUCGUAGGGGUCCGCUGGGUGUGUGGUUGCGUUUUACUGGAGUUUUGGGGUGGGGUGGACUUCAAUCUGGUUUGCGGCGAUCGGGUUCCUCUGCAAAUCCGAUAUCGAUUUCGAGGUGUGGCAAAUUUGUCACCGGAAGACAUCCCGCGCUGAGGACUUCGAAACAAAGUACAAGAGUCCCAAAGCUCCACACCCAGCUGCAACAUACCCUGCCACCAGUCUCCAGCUCUGUCAAGCCACCCCCAGCUAUGUGCCACACUAUGUCCGCGAUGCAUCUGUGCUGAGCGUGCGGUGGGCCGCAUGACCAGCCACCUGGUGCUACGGCGCCCCAACACAAACGACAUGGCGCCAAACCGGGGAUCGAUCCAGGGCCGCGCAGUCGACGCCGAGAGCAUGCGCUACGAGAAGAACCGGCUGGCCACGUUCGCGAGCUGGCCGCUGGACGCGCCCGUGCCCAAGGAGCGGCUGGCCAAGGCCGGCUUCUUCUUCAAGGCGUCGCCGUUCCGCGUCGAGUGCUUCAGCUGCGGCGGCCGCGUCGACGAUUGGCAGUUCAACGAGCAGGCGAUGCUCAAGCACCGCCAGCUCUUCCCCGCGUGCCCGUUCGUGACGAACCGCUCCGAUAACGUGCCGCAGCUGGAGAGCGCGCCGCGCUCGCUGCCGCCGCACGAUAGCGGCUACAGCAGCAGUCAGUCGCCGCCGAGCUCGCAGGGCAGCAGCGCCGCGUCCACGAGCCCACGCACGGGCUUUCGGUUUCCGGCCGUGGCGGGUGGCGGCUCGGCCGGCGGGCCGCGCACCUGGAACAACUUCGCCUUCCUGCUGCGCGAGCGCCAGCGGCUGCGGACGUUCGCUGACACAUGGCCGCUCGACUUUGUGUCGCCUGCCGAGCUGGCGCGCGCCGGCUUCUUCAGCCUGAACGACGGCGACAAGGCGCAGUGCAUCUUCUGCCGCGGCAUCGUCGGCGACUGGGAGGCGGGCGACGUGCCCAUGACGGAGCACGGUCGCCACUUCCCGCAGUGUCCAUUCGUGCGCGGCUGCGACGUGGGCAACGUGCCUAUCAACAGCGACUCGGACACGGACGAGUCGCUGGACGAGCCGCCGCCGCCGCCGCCCGGCGUCGACGAGGUCGGCUACAGGGUGGACUUCAGGACGCGCUCCGUGCCCGAGUCCGGCUUCUCCACGCGGUUGACGUCGACGCACAUGAACGUGCGCACGCCGCAGGGCUCGGCAGAGACGCAGGACCUGGCCCAGCUGGGCAUAUCGGAACACCAUGGCCCCAUCCACCCGGCCUACGCCACGGUCGAGUCGCGCCUGCGCAGCUACCAGUUCUGGCCGCCGGCACUGGCGCAGAAGCCGCUCCAGCUGGCCGAGGCCGGCUUCUUCUACGCAGGUGUGUCGGACCACGUCAAGUGUUUCCACUGCGACGGCGGCCUGCGCAACUGGGUGCCCGGCGACAACCCGUGGACGGAGCACGCGCGCUGGUUCAGCCGUUGCGGCUUCGUGCGGCUGGUCAAAGGCGACGACUUCAUCCAGGACGUGCUGCGCGAACACCCGCAGGAGGCGGUGCCGCAGGCGGCGCCGGCGGACACGGCCGUCAAGCGGUGCCCCUUCUCCGACGAGGAGGUCGAGAAGAUGAUGGAGAACGCCAUCUGCAAGACGGCGGUGGAGCUGGGCGUGGCGCGCGAGGCCGUCAAGCGCGUGCUGAAGCAGCGGCUCGAAUCCACCGGCGUGCCGUUCACCGACCUCAGCUCGGUGCUGGCCAUGGCGGUGGACCAAACGCAGGGCACGUAUGCGCCGGCGCCGCCGCCGCCGCCGCCGCCAACGACGACGACCAGCUGUCCAGGGGCGGCGGGACCGAGCCAUGGGCGUGCGGCCUCCACCCUGUCGGCGGCCUCCAGCGGCGGCGACUCCGGCAUGGGUGACGUCCGGCCCGAGGACGAGGACAUGGAAGCGACGAACGAGGGCCCCGCGGACGCCGCGACGCCGAUGAGCGGGGCACUGACGAGUCAGGUCAGCGAGGCCAGCAGCGAGUCCAGCCAGUCGACCGUGACCAACAACGGCGGCAGCGGCGGCGAGACGCCCCGGCUCCUGUCGCCGGCCUCAGUGUCGACGCCGUCGGCCACGACGCCCAGCUCGCUGGAGGAGGAGUUCAUCCGACUGAAAGAGCAGAAGCAGUGCAAGGUGUGCAUGGACGAGGACGUGGGCGUGGUGUUCCUGCCCUGCGGCCACCUCAUCACGUGCGUCAACUGCGCGCCGGCGCUGCGCGACUGCCCGCUCUGUCGGCAGCCGAUUCGCGGCACCGUGCGCACCUACCUGUCGUGAGCGGGCGGGACGCGGGAGGCCAGUAGCGCGCUGCGCGGCGCUGGGUGUGGAGGACGACGCCGGCACUUGUACUGGUUCUUCAGUGAAGCGCUGGCGCUGCCGGAUGUCCCCCGCGGGGUGUGCUGUGUCGGUGCCGCCUCGUGCGGGGCUGGCGUGCGCCGACCCGCGCUGUGAGAUGCGGUGUCCCAGCUCCGUGUGUGUGGCGGGGAAGUGCGGGGCUCUUCUUGCAGUCGACAUGAGCUGGCGUCUCGUGUGAGGAACUGUAUGGGUCCCCCGUGUGAUGGACAUAUGUGGACUCCCCGUGGGCAUGACUUGUGGAUUCAUUUUAUGCGGGACAUAUGCAGAUUCUUCGCGUGCGGGACGUUUGUGAGUCCACUUGUGAGACAUGUGUGGACUCCCCGCGUGAGGGGCAUGUGUUGAGUCCCCGUGUGGGGGGGCAUAUGUGGAGUCCCUGUGCGGGGGAUAUGUUGGACCUCUUCUCUGGAGAGCCGGGUUUUGGAGCCUAGGGCAGGUAACGGCUGCUCUUGAAGCGGCGUGGCAUCCCGUCUCUCAGUAUGAGCGGUAGCAGGCACCGACUCCUGCUGAAGGCCACCUGUGUAGGCUCGUCGUGCCUAGCUUGGUCAGCGGUCAGAGUGCGGGACUUCAGCGGGGAGGGGGUCUCACCCGUAACGUAGACAUAACUUAGCUGUGUGGCGUGCUCUUGGUAGUUUGGCCGGCCCACCUGGCGUUUACAGACGUGCCGUGAACACUGGGAUCUAUGGCUCGUCUGCUGAUUUGCUAUCAGGCCGGUUUUGUGUGGCCGCACUGGUGUAUGACAGGCAUCGAGUCACGCUGUGGCAGCCAGGCCGGCGACACAGCUUCGAGGCCUGCACGCCGUACGCCCACGCCGCUCGGACCCCGCGCGGACGUUCCAGCACUAUACAGCCCAUGGCGAUUAUGUACCGAUUGCCGCUGGCUGGGUUUCUUCGGCGCCUCCCUGAGGCCAGUGGUCGCGUAAAUCUGAACUGGAGCUGGUCAAAAGGCCACGAAAAGGUGGCGGUGGUCUGCAUAGCACCGUACUGCUUGGUAUUGUCACCGGUUUUCUUGGCAGGACAUCGCAAAUCAUGGUCAGCGUCUAGGCCUGCUUGUGCUUUGGUUUGCGUGUCCGGGUUUGUUCCUGACGGUGUAUAUAUACAUAUUAUUUUUGUAGCCCUCCGGACACCCAUUAGCUGUGAUUUCGUUUAAUACAUGUAUUAGAAGCCGG